AUGUCGUUAACAGCGGUUUCACCGUUGGCGCCUCAACCAACAACUUCAUCAUCAUCGUCAUCAUCAUCGUCAGACACUGACUUACUUGACCAACUCAUUGGCUAUGUUCACAAUCCAAACCAAGUACUUGCUGGUGGAAACACACUUGCCAAGGGUGGCUCCAACAUCAUGAUCCCUAUGAUUCAGAACAUCAAGAUUCGAGAGGAUGGCCAAUAUCAUGUUAUCCCUGUUGUAGUGUCCCCCUCUUCAACAAACCAACAACGAGUAGAGCCAUUGGUUGUUUCCACUGGCAACAAUGAAGGAGACGAAAAACAACAACAACAGGAUCAACAACAAGGCGUCUUUCAAACAACUAUUGGUAGCAGCUCAACUACUACCACUGAAGGAUCAACUCUCAACAAUAAUGCAUCAGAGUGUGACUUUGAACUGGACACGUCAUCAUCUUUGUUGAAAGAAUCCUCCUCCAGCACCGUCCUCCUACUACCCAGUAGCACUUCAACAUCUUCACUCCCCACCACCUCUGGUGGUGGUCUUGUUUCUACGCAUCCACACAGCCUACAUCAUGUAAAUAGUCAUCACCAAUACUUCAAGAGCACUCCAAACCUCAGUAGUAGCAGCAGUGGCCAUAGUAGAAACAGUAUAAGUAGCAGUGUAAGCAGUGGCAGCAUUAGUGGAGGUGCCAACCAUCAUCAACAACAACAACAGAGCAAGGGAAAGCGUUACAAAUCAGUCUCAAACUCUGAUUUCAAACUGGAGAGCAGCAAGGUAUCGCAUCACAAUCACCAUGGUGUUAUGGUCUCGUCCAGUUUGCCACCACUUGCCCCUUUGCCAACGAACCAAUCGACUACGUUUUUGACCUCGCCUCUGUCAUCAUCCACGAUUGGACUGCCUACGUCAAUGGGAAGUGAAUCAAUCCUGGCCAACAGUAUAAGCCAGACCUACAUUCCAGCGCUGGCGUCGAGCUCCACAACCACCAGUACCACCUCAACCUUUGUUGGUAGUCCACCCUCUGGAUCAGAGGGAUUCACCUCUCCCAUCAAUUCACCGCCAUUCUCUUCGCUUUCCCCAAUACUCAAGGCGCACAGCUUCAAAAACAAGUUCUUCACCCAGCCGACCAGAUGUCGACUCUGCGAGCAGUACAUGUGGGUGGUCAUUGGCAAGCAGGGCUUGAUCUGUCUGGACUGUGGUAGCUGCUAUCACAAGCUAUGCGCUCAGAGGAUUGGUCAUAAUUGUGCAUCCUUCAAGAAUGUGGCCAAGUCCACUACAAUGGUGUCCCUGGACCACUACCUACACAAGAUUCAUCUUGAUGAGUACACUGACACGGUUGGAGCUGUUGGUCCGACAACCAGCAGCAGCAGGAAGAAUAGCGUAUCGGCAUUGAACACCAGUAGCAGCAGUAUCUCCUUUAACAACAACAACACAUCCUCAUUGACUGGUGGCAGCAAUACCCCACGAGAAUGUAUGAGUCCUCCGCCAAUCUCAUCGCCCUCUCCACCUCCAUCAAGAGAGCACUCUAGGGGAAGGGAGAAUUCAAUAUUCCUCUCCUCCAAUGGAAGUGGUCAGAACCUUAUGCAGGCCCUGAUGAACACACAAGGCCCUCAACCAACAACCGAGAAGAAGCUGCGUAGGAGCAGUGUGGACUCGGCUCUGCGAGACUUCCAACAAUCGUUCAAAUCAUUGGUGUCCACUGAUGAGAACUUGAUAUCACACUAUGGCUGCGCUUACCUGGGGUCAGUUCUAAAGCAUGGACGACUAUAUCUAACUGAGAACUUCAUAUGCUUCUAUGACAACAUCGUCUUUGACAAGUCCAAACAGAGACAAAAGGUCGUACCAAUCUCCAGUAUUACUGGCAUUGAGAAGAGGUCAGGACUAGCACCGAAUGGUAUACUAAUCAAGACUCAGGAACGUGAUUAUCAAUUCUGUUUGUUCAUUCAUCGUGAUGAGGCAUUCGAGGUGAUUGAGGCUCUGAUGCUCAACCAAGAGCAACAUUUGAUGUCGCAGAGCAUUGCUCAGAAGAACAUUGUUGGACUCAGACAAGUGUUGAGUCAGAGACGCACCAGAUCUUCCUCUGGAAAGACUAGCAAACGAUCCAAGAGUGUGGAUGGAACUGUCAUUUUGGGAUCCAAGAUACCCAACACCAAUAGGGAUCAUCCCGUGAUCACCAUCAUCAAACAGAACGACUUGGAGAUGCUCAAUAUCCUUCUUGAGCACUACACCCAGAACAAAGUCGAUGACAUUAACCACGCAGACAAGGAAGGAUACACACCUUUACAUGUGGCAGUGUCAAGUGAUAUCUCUGACAACAUAACGAUUCAAAUUCUGAAGCAUCCCACAACCAAUGUGCAUGUUAAGAAUGUCGAUGGCAACACACCACUGCACUACUUCUGCCAGAAGUAUCGCUCGCCAGAGUGCCAAAAGAUCGUCCAGAUGUUCAUAGAGAAGGGUGCCAACGUCAAUGAGCAAAACAACAAUGGCGAGACUCCACUUCACAAGGCCAUCUUUAAUCAUGGUGUCCGUAUGCUAAUGGUGUAUGUGCUUCUCAAGAACAAUGCCAACAUCAACAUAGUCAACCACGCCGGAGAGUCAGCAUUGCACUAUGCUGUGAGACUGGGUCGUCUCGAUGUCUUAAAGACACUUAUCACUGCUGGUGCCGAUCCAACACUUGUCAGCACCAAACAAAAGAAGUCUCCACUGAUGCUGGCAGAGGAGGAGAGCAACUGUACAGAGAUCAUUGAUCUUUUGAUCAGACUCGAAUUUAUCAUCAAUACUCUCACAGUAUCCGGACUGACACAAUUCAAGAUGGCAUUGGUACUUGAGGAGAUAUCACAAGAGGGCACUCUUUCCAGAAUGGAUGACGAGAUGAUCACAAGAAUAGGCUGUGUGGACCCUGAUCAGAAGCGUCUACUCUUCUCUCUCAAGCACAAGAAGAUCCUCGUUGGAAAGACACCACACAUCACAGCUGGUGCGAUGAACCUCCUCAAGGAGCUGGAGAACAUGGAUAUCAAGAACGGCAAAUGGGUCAUUUCGCAGCAUGAGUUGGAGUACACCGACAAGAUUGGUACAGGAAUCUCUGGAAAGGUUUACAAGGGCCUGUACAGGGGUAGAGAGGUCGCCAUCAAGGUGCUCAAGUCUGCUGACGAAGCAAACAGCCGUGAGGAGUUCCUGAAAGAGUUCCAUGUCUUGGCAUCGUUGCAUUCCAACUUAAUUGUUGGUCUGUAUGGAGUGGUUCUGGAGCCAAGGAUCUGUCUGGUCAUGGAGUACUGCCAACAAGGCAGUCUGUACCAGGUGUUGCACAAUGAGAAGAUGACAUGGGAGAGAUUCUUCUCCUUUGCCGGUCAACUUUUGAAUGGCAUCUCUACACUGCACCAAUCUGAGCCGCAGAUCCUUCAUCGUGAUGUCAAGAGUCUCAAUUUCCUGGUGACUCGUGACUCUCGUAUAAAGGUUGCCGACUUUGGACUGAGCCGUUUCAACACCAAGUCCAACAUUAUCACACUCAACAAGACCAGAGGAACCAGUGCCUACUGUGCCCCAGAGGUGUUCCAAGGCCGAGAGUACAAGGACAAGAGUGACAUCUACUCACUUGCUAUUGUAUUUUGGGAGCUGAUAUUCACAAUGUUCAACGGAAGAUACCUACAUCCCUAUGGAGAGUACAAGAAGAUGAACGAGUUCCAAAUCAUGCUCUACGCUUGCAACAACAAUCUUCGUCCAACCAUUCCCACUGUUUGUCCCAACAGUAUCAAGACAAUGAUUUCCAAGUGUUGGGAUGCAUCUCCAGAGGAAAGGCCCACCGCUCUCGAAGCUAUUGAGCUUUUGGCAUUGGCUGAAAAGGAUUACCAGCAGGAUACCGCACUUUGGGCUGAGCUCCUAUCAGGUCAACCAAUGGACUGUUGUUCAGAAUCAUCAUCACUAUCCGAUGAACCGAUACUCCUAUCCCCUCCAAGAUGA